AUGGCAUCCAGAAGUAUGCGACUGCUCCUGCUGCUGAGCUGUGUGCUCAGCCCUGAAGUCCUAGGUGAUAUCAUCAUGAGACCCAGCUGUGCUACAGGAUGGUUUUACUACAGGUCCAAUUGCUAUGGAUACUUCCGGAAGCUGAGAAACUGGUCUGAUGCUGAGCUUGAGUGUCAGUCUUAUGGAAACGGAGCCCACUUGGCAUCUAUCCUGAAUCUAAAGGAAGCCAGCGUCAUAGCAGAGUACAUAAGUGGCUAUCAAAGAACCCAGCCUGUAUGGAUUGGCCUGCAUGACCCACAGAAGAAGCAGCAGUGGCAGUGGAUUGAUGGGGCCUCAUACCUGUACAGACCCUGGAGCGGAAGGUCCCUGGGUGGGAACAAGCACUGCACYGAGAUGGGCUACAGGAGCAACUUUGUAACUUGGAACAAAAAUGAAUGCAGCAAGCGCCAACACUUCUUGUGCAAGUACCGACCAUAG